AUGGACGCGGCCGAGUUCCUCAGUAUUGCGCACGAGACGCUGAGCCGCACAGUGUUACGCGUGCGCGAUGGCGAGCAGCUCGUCCCUUCGUCAAGAAGCCCCUUGAGCACUGACGCAGUCGUAGCAGUUGUGCUGCUGUUCUCCGUGACGCUGUUGCCCGUAGUACUGCGCGUGCGGGUUCUCUACACGUUUUGCUGGGCGAUCUUCACGGUGUUGGCCCACGUGAUUGAGUCAAAGGCAGCGCUGGGCCUCGCCACGUCGCUGGGCCUCACGGUCAUGAUGGGGUGGUACUCGCUGCGCGUGUUCGAUCGCACGACGUUCAUGGGCAUCUUGCAGGGCUGGUUCGGCAGCAUGAGCAAGUACGGGUCGUUCCAGCUGCUGGCCAACGCGAUCGACCUGGUGCUGCACAUGGGCGUACCGCUCGCACUCGUGUGCUGCUACCUGCCGCUCGUGCAGAUCUGGAUGACGGGACCUAUUCUGCUCUUCUCUCGACUGUGGAUCAAGGUCGUUGCUGGCGGCGACCUCUCGCUCUCGGGCAACGACAUUUACCACAUUGAUCCGCCGCGCCCGAGAACCUUCUGGCAAACGGCGCACGCGAUCGAGUUGAGCUACAACCUCAUUAUCCCGACAGUCUGCGUACUCGCGUGUGAAGCAGGUAUGCACGACUUUGUGGUCGCGUGCGUGCUUGACCCGACCAUGUAA